AUGGGCGCCAUCUGUUGCAAACCCGAAGUCAUCGACUUCGACGGGCCCGUCGACCUCUAUCACUUCUACCUGCUCCGUGCCGUUGGCAAGGGUGCUUUCGGCAAAGUCCGUGUGGUCCAACACAAGCAGACCAAAGAUCUCUACGCGCUCAAAUACAUCAACAAGGCCAAAUGCAUCAAGAUGCGCGCCGUCUCCAACAUCAUCCAGGAGCGCCGCCUGCUCGAGGAGAUCGACUCACCCUUUGUCUGCAACUUGCGCUACGCAUUCCAGGACGAUGAAAACAUGUUCAUGGUGCUCGAUCUCAUGCUUGGUGGCGACUUGCGCUUCCAUCUCGAUCGCACGAGCAACAUGAGCGAAGACGUCGUCCGCUUCUAUGUCGCCGAACUCGCUCUGGGCUUGGACUACCUUCACCGUUUGCAGAUCGUACAUCGCGAUCUCAAACCAGACAAUGUCUUGCUCGACGAAAAGGGACAUGCCCACUUGACGGACUUCAACAUUGCUGUCCACUUUUCCCCCCGCCGUCCUCUCACCAGCAUCGCCGGAUCCAUGGCCUACAUGGCACCCGAAGUCCUGACCAAGCGCGGCUACCUGUCCUCGGUCGACUGGUGGUCUCUGGGCGUGGUCGCCUACGAGCUCCUGUUUGGUCGACGUCCCUUCCGCGGCAAAACCAACUCGGCCCUCACCCACUCGAUUCUCAACGACCGCUGCACUUUCCCCGAAAAUGUCGAGACCAUCGUCAGCCGCGAAACCGUCAGCUGUAUCAAGAGUUUACUUGAACGCGAUCCUCGUAAAAGGCUGGGGUGUCGCAGUGGCAUCGACGAGUUCAAGACGCAUCCUUGGUUUGCGUCGCUCGACUGGCCCGCGCUCGAGACGAAGUCGGUCACUCCGCCGUUCGAACCGGAUUCGAAGAAGGCCAACUUUGAUGCGACGCACGAGCUGGAGGAGUUGCUACUGGAGGACAAUCCGUUGAAGGCUAAAAAGAGGAAUGGGAAUGCAGACUUUGAUGCGCUGCCACCCGAGAUGCGCCAGAUGGAGGAGCAUUUCUUACCCUUUGACCAUCUCAAGCAGCGCAGAAAGUCGUACUUCCGCGCCUCGCAUGCCAAUGGUACUGCAGCAGCGGCCGCGGCAGGAGGAGGAGGAGCGACACCAGCAGCCCAAGCUGGUGCGAGCGCUGGCCCUUCGCGGUCUGCUGCGGCGCCAGGGGAGCAAGAGCGAAUCUCGCAGAUCUCGAGCAUGACACAUACGCUGCAGGACCAGCCGCUCUCGGAGACUGCACAGCCCGGCACGGAGGUGGGCAGGCUGACGCCGAUCCCCUCGCAGAUCCGCACAACACGGUCGAUAUCGCCUUCGCGUUCGGGCAACCGGAGCUCGUCUUAUGGAGUGGAGACGUAUAGCGAGAAGGACCAGCUGGGUGUACCGCCGCCGGUGUCGGCUGCGUCGGUGGCGGCGUCGAGUCAGAGACAGCACUCGCCGUUGUCGCAGCAGCAGUUUGGCGCGGCGGACUUGAGCAUCUUGCCGCCGACGGGAGCGGGGACGGAAUUGGAAGAGUAUCAGAUGUCGGCCUCGUCUCAGUAUCAGCAGCACAAGGGAGCGGGACUGGCCGAGUACGAUGAAAAGUCCGGGUUGGGCUUCAGUCAUCGUCAACAGUAG